AUGGGAGAUAGAAUACCACCACCCAUGCCGGGGCACCUGCCCUCGUCAUUCGACGACAACGAAGAAUUCUUCAACGAGCGGCCGAUGCAGAAAGUCGUCCGCAAGCUCAAGGAAGAGCCGCUCGUACCCCUCGGCGUCGGCCUCACCGUCUUCGCCUUCGUGAAUGCCUACCGCGCCCUCCGCCGCGGCGACUCCCGCCAAGCCAACAAGAUGUUCCGCGCGCGAGUCGCCGCGCAGGGCUUCACCGUCAUUGCCAUGGUCGCCGGAAGCAUGUACUACAGCCAAGACCGACAAAAGACAAAGGAAUUGCGAAAGCUCAAGGAGGAGCGGGACGCAGAGGAGAAGCGACAGAAGUGGAUCAAGGAGCUCGAGGCCAGAGACGAGGAGGAGAAGAUGAUCAAGGCCAGUAUAGACAAGAGGCGGCAGAAGCUGGAGGCUGCGGAUACCGCGGCCAACAGUGGUGAAGAGGGGGCAGGCACAGGUGGUAUUUUGGGCAAGAUGGGGCUGUGGUCCAAGGGGCAGGAGGCUGCCGAGGCCGAGCAGGGGGCGAAGGAAGAGACGAAGAAGAUUGAGAAUCCAAAGAGCUCGUUGGGGGCGAUUAGCGAGGUUUUGGUGAAGCAGAAGGGCGAUGAAGGGAAGAAGUGA